AUGGCACUGUCAAAACAAAAUUAUGUAAGAAGGUAUAGAAAGGAGUGGGAAAGUGACCCAAUAUUAAAAGGGUGGCUUACAGUUUGCAUCGGCGACGAUACAAAAGCGUGGUGCAAGGCCUGCAAGUGCACGUUGGUCGCCCACAAGAAGGAUUUGGUAGAACACUCCAAAACUAAAAAACAUGACCAAUCUCUAAAACGAUCUAACAUAGUUGGUCACUCAAGUAAAAUGUCAGAUUUUUUCGAAAAGCCCUUAAAAGAGCCACGAAAGGUUGCAGAGUUAAAAAUUGCUGCAUAUGUAGCUGAGCAUUCAAGUAUCAAAUCUGUGGAUCAUCUUGGUAUACUCAUAAAAGAUUUAGACCCAACCUCUCCAGUUUUAAAGGAUCUGAAGUUACACAGAUCAAAAUGCACUGCUUUGAUUAGAAAUGUUAUUUCUCCUUGCUACUUAGAAGAGUUAUUGGAAGAAGUUGGAGACAUCCGUUAUUCAAUAAUCGUCGAUGAAACCACUACUGUUGACACGAAAAAAGUAAUGUGUAUGAUUAUCAAAUUUUUCAGCGAAAAACAGAAUAAAAUUAUUACUCAGUUCUACAGAUUGAUCGAAAUAGAAUCUGCAGAUGCAACUUCAUUAACUGAUGUAUUCAAAGCACAACUGAUUGCCGAUGGCCUCAACCCAGACAAACUUUUGGGUAUAGGAGUCGACGGCGCUAACGUCAUGGUUGGUGAACAUCACUCCUUUUCCUCUAUUUUAAAGGAAUCAAUCCCUGAACUGAUAACUAUAAAGUGCGUCUGUCAUUCGUUGCAUUUGGCAGCUGAAAAUGCAUUCAAAACGCUUCCCCGGUUUUUGGAUUUUCUUCAAAGAAUCCACAACUGGUUUUCAAACAGUACAAAAAGACAGAUUGAAUACAAGGAAAUAUACAAGUUGCUAUAUGAAGGAAAAAAACCGUUAAAAAUAAAUAAAUUAGCUGGCACUAGAUGGUUGUCCAGGUACGAGGCUGUUGUCAAAAUUUCAGAGCAAUGGGAAGGGUUAAAACUACAUUUUGACAUGGCGAAGUCUAGAGAACGCUGUUAUACUGCGGACCAAUUGAGCACUAUGCUCAAAUGUAAGGCACAUCUGUUAUACAUGACUUUUCUUGGGACUUAUCUCAAACCUAUUACCAUGGCAAAUAAAUUAUUUCAAGCCACUGAUGCAGACCCUUUGAAGUUACUUGAAGAUGUUAAUAAUUUAUUGCUGACCUAUUUGACCAUUUUAAUACCUCCAGCUCAACUGGAAAAGGCAGAAAAACAUAGUUUGUGUAACUAUGAUUUUGAAAAGUACGUCAUGGACGCAUCGUACAUGAAUUUUGGAGAAAUAUCCACGUCCAAUAUUGCGUCAUCUAGUAUAACCUAG